AUGGCGCCACCUGGUGGAAUCUGUCUGUCUCUGCAUCAGGUCACUAACUUGUUGGCAUGUGUGUUUAGUGAGUUAGUGUCCGUGACGGAGGGAGAUUCUGUCACUUUAAAAACUAAUGUUACUGAAGUACAACAAGCUGACGACGUACUGUGGGUAUUUGGAGCUGAAAAGUCUCUUAUAGCUAAAAUUAAAAAACAACAGCAAAUCUUCUCCACGUUUAAUGGUUCUGAUGGGAGAUUCAGAGACAGACUGAAGCUGGACAGCCAGACUGGAUUUCUGACCAUCACAAACAUCACAACUCAACACGCUGGACUCUAUGAACUAGAGAUUACUGGAGAGAUACUGUCAUUAAAAACAUUCAAUGUUUCUGUCUAUGCUCGUCUGCCUGUUCCUGUCAUCAGCAGAAACUCUUCACAAUGUUCUUCAUCAUCAUCAUCAUAUUGUUCAUUGUUGUGUUCAGUGGUGAAUGUGGGUCAUGUGACUCUCUCCUGGUACAAAGGAAACAGUUUAUUGUCCAGCAUCAGUGUGUCUGAUCUCAGCAUCAGUCUCUCUCUACCUCUGGAGGUGGAAUAUCAGGAUAAAAACACCUACAGCUGUGUGCUCAACAAUCCCAUCAGCAACCAGACGAGACACCUGGACAUCAGUCAACUCUGUCACACAUGUUCAGAGACCAGUGUUGAUCUCGGUUGCUGCUGCUGCUGGAUCUCUGUUGAUUGUCUUCUGCAUCUGCUGUAGAAAAACUGA